GAUUCAGAUAUUCAAGGUUCUCAGAUACACAGUUGUAUCAUGGCGCACAUUAAUACUGACCGUCCCAGGAGGAUUGAUACGAAGACUUUGCUCCAGUUCUCCCCUCUCUUCAUGGCUCCUACUCUGACCAGUCUUAGAUCGGAGCUGUCCAUGGCGGAGUCAGCAUCUGCAGCCUUGUCCCACAGCUUCAACUCUCACUUGCCUUCCAGCCAGUUGCCUACAGUCGAUCACCUGCGACCCUCCCCAGUUGCCAGAUCUCCAACCUGUACCAUCAUGCAUGGGAUGACAUCUACUCCUACGACAAGUGCAGCUCCCAUAGCAGCUCCUACUCCACUGUACCCUUCCAUGCAGACCCCCAUGUCGUCGCUACCCCACCCAGCACCCUUGAUGUCCCUACCUCACCCAUCACCACUGGCAUCCUUUACCAUGCCGCCAGCCUCAUCCUACCUGGCCAUGUCUACUCUCACCUCAACACCACAGUCGGCACAGAUGUCCACCCUGCCGCACACCCAGGGUUAUUCGCCCUCCAUGGCCAUCCCAGCGGCACAGACACUGUCUCUGCCACCCCAGUUCCCCACCCCACCAGCUCAGAUGCAGACCCCAGAGAACCCCAGCUGCCUCAACAGACUUCAGAGCAAUCCCAUGUUCCAAGACCUACAGAAGCUUCUCUCACAGGAGUGUAGACACUUACAGGUGCCAGCCAGUCUUAUCACAGCAAGUUGGAAUUCCAAUCAGCUGCUUACUCCUUCGACUGUUGACACCAACCAGAGAGUUGCCUCCCUUCAUGCUUCUCUCCAGGAUGAGUUCCUGCGUCUCCACACCAACACAACACUUCGUAACGACAGCCAACAACUUGAACAUUACUACUGCACUGAGGUUGGCCGCAUUGAGAUGGAACGCUACCAGGCCCUGCAUGCUGUCGUCUGCUCUGAACACCAGAAGUACUCCAUCAACAUCCACUUUGACAAUGAGAGAAUCUCCCUCUGUCAGCAUCUUGAUAAGGAAAUCCAGCAUCUGAAGCUCACAAGGAACCCAAGUGUUCCCACUCACCAAGAUCGCUUGUCUCCCGUUAGCGACAUGUCCAGUCCUCUUACACCACCAUCUCUUCUUGAUUCUCCCACCGAGUCCGUUCCAUCAGCGCAGAAGAGCUUCAACAUUGUUGACUUCCUGUCACCCAGCUUGUCUAUUGACACAUCUGCCAAGUCACCAGAUUUCUCCGGAUCGGUCACUGAGUCCUUCACCCAGAACCUGUCUGCUGACUCUGGUAUCCACAGUCAAGAGUCCUCCCCUGAGACCAGCCACCGCACAGUUACCUCCCCUGUUGAGCCAGUCACUUCCCCUGUCGAGACCACAGUCAUGGACAGCACUUUAGAGAACCAGACCGGCCGACUCCUGAAGUCUGAGACAACCCGAAUCCUGACUGAGUGGUACGAGGCCCACAUCAAGUAUCCCUACCCAAGUGAUGAAGAUGUCAAGCACCUCUCCAACAAGGGAGGGAUCAAGCCUGCACAGGUCCGCAAAUGGCUGGCCAACAAACGUGUACGUUCCUUCAACACACUCUCCAUCACAGGCAAUGACCAUCCCAUCAAGUACAAGUACCAGGGGCGCACCAAGAAGACUGAUGCCACAGCUCCCAGUAACCGUCGCUCCCAGUACAAGCUCCUGACUCCAGCUGCCAAGAAGAUCCUCACUGAUUGGUAUGAGAGUCACCAGGAGAAUCCCUACCCCACAGAGGAACAGAAGGGACUGGCUGACCUUGCACAAAUAUCCAGCGCCCAGGUUAAGUCCUGGUUCGCCAACAAGCGGAGCCGCAACAACAACACCAGGAAGCAGAUCCCCAACUACUUCAUCAAGAAGUACCCCAGCUACACCCCCAUCGUCGAGAUGGUGGGACAGAUGAGAGCAGCCAAGAAACAGACCAAGUUUGAUAACGUCCGAGUUUCACUCUUCCAGUGAACUGUUAGCGACUGUUGAUUGUUAAAGAAAGUCCUUGUUAUUGUUGAUAUGCUAUAGUGCUUUUGUUGACAUGUGUAGAUAUGUAUAUACCUGGAAGCUAUGUGAGUGAA